AUGUCGACGAUCCUGAGGACGCUGCGCAAUCUGCGCCGGAUUGGACUGAAGGAAUACGGCCACCAGAUGCAGUACAUUGGCGACACCAAAGCCGGAACCCUGAUCGGAGUCGACCGCUUCGGAAACAAAUUCUACGAGAACAUGGAGGAGGAGCUGCCCCUCCGGACACGAUGGGUCGAUUACAAGGAGGCCGAAUUCGAUGCUUCUCACAUUGAGCCUGGGUGGCAUGCCUGGAUUUCCUACAUGGUUGACUCGCCCCCGACUGUCGACAAGGUUCUCCAGACCGGUGUUCGCCCUUGGGAGCUGCCGGAGCAUCGGCCCAACCUGACCCUCGCCCGGACUGCUUUCAAGACCUACUCGACCACCCGGCCCAAGUACGCUGCCUGGACUCCGACUGCUGCUCCGCGGUAA